AUGGAUGUCAUGAAAUUGAUGAUGAGUGACUAUGCUGUGGAGCCAAUUAAUGAUGGAAUUAACGAAUUCAAUGUGGAAUUCCAUGGUCCAAAAGAAAGCCUAUAUGAAGGUGGUGUCUGGAAAGUUCAUGUGGAGUUGCCGGAUGCUUAUCCUUACAAGUCUCCUGCUAUUGGGUUUCUCAACAAAAUAUAUCACCCAAAUGUAGAUGAGCUGUCUGGCUCUGUAUGCUUGGAUGUCAUUAACCAAUCAUGGAGUCCAAUGUUUGAUCUUUUGAAUGUAUUUGAGGUUUUCCUUCCACAGCUUUUGCUUUACCCAAAUCCUUCAGAUCCAUUAAAUGGAGAUGCAGCAUCACUAAUGAUGAAGGAUCAGAAGCAAUAUGAACAAAAAGUGAAAGAGUAUUGUGAGCGUUAUGCCAAGAGGGAGAAUAUUAGAAGCACCCCGAGUGAAGAGAGUGACGAGGAGGUCAGUGAUGAAGACGUCAGUGAUGGAAGAAUUUCAUCUAGUGAUGAUGAUGUUGCUGGACAUGCAGAUCCAUGA